UACCAACCAGUUGCUCUCCACGAUUCGCGCGAAUCACACGUACUUUGAUAUAAAUAUCGUCGUUCAUUUGAAAUCUUCGGCGAGGUGUGACGGUUAUUAUUAGGAGUAUUUUGGAUGUUAUUGCCCAGUGAAUUUAAAGUCAAAAAAAAAGUUUUGUGAAAGAAAUCUAAAUCAUUGGACUCAUUGGAAUUGUGUUUUUUUUCUCCUGUAUAAAUAAAUCACCGUCGUCAUCGUCAGAGUGUUUUUAAUUGAAAUAAAAUCAAUUUGUAACGCUAGAAGAGUACAACUACGAAAUUCAACAUGGAAACGAUACCCGACCGUUCAUCAAUAUGUUAAUGAUUAUGAGUGCAAAAAAGCCAAUAUAAAUUAGAGCGACAGAGGAACAUUACUGGUACUUUAGUUAUAGAAGAGAAGACCAAGAAACAAACUCGAUUAAUAGACGAAACAAAGAAAAUAAAAAUGGGGACGCAAGAAAAAACCGAAAGCUUAAUCUCACUGAAAUUGGUACUUUUCUUAUUCUACGGUGGAUUGGGAGCAUUAUAUUGUACCCUGACACCACACAUGGAACAAAUCGGACUGAACUAUGAAGAAUCUCGAUUAAUUUUAAUUUUCGCACCGCUGGUAUCCAUCGUUGGACCUUUAAUAGCAGGCCCAUUGGCCGAUCGAAUUGCGUCAAAGACUUUGUCCGGUAAAUAUUUGCGAAUUCUUGCAGCACUAGCACUCAUAUGCUCGGCAAUUAUGUAUUCGCUUCUGUUGAUCGUUCCACUGCUUGAACGAUCGCCGGCGAGACGUCCGUUGGUUAGUUUUGGUUGUGACUCGAGUGGAGCAAUAAUAUUCCAAGAACGAUGCACUGACGAGAAAACAUGCUUCCAUUGGAAGGACGAGAAACAGGGAUCGUUGAUUUUGACAAAUUGCUCGUACACUUGCCAAAAUCCCACACAAUUCGAAAAUCUUUACAAUCCAUGGACGAAAGGUUCGCCAAUACCACCGACUGAAACUUCAAAGGAACGCUCCGAUGAUUAUGGAGACUACGAAGAUAGUGCACAGAAUGAGUAUGCAACGUCGAAUGAACGUGGUAAAAGAGAAAUCGAACGAAUUUAUGUUGAGCCACCACAUUUAUGUACGAAAAUUGUGAAUGAAAACGGGGAUGAAGUGAUUAACAAAUGUCACGUUUACACUGAAGACUCGAAGGAAUUAAAGGUGCAAGCUACAUUGAGAAGUGCUACCAACCAGGAGAAUGACACACACAGCGCUGAAUGGUGCAAUUAUCCCUUGGAUGGUUGGAAGUGUAACAUACCCAAGCAACAGGCUUCGUGGAUGAAAUUGUACAUGAACAAUUCAAAAUGUAAACCAAUGGUCGAGUGUGAGGUGUUUGAUCCGUAUGAUAGUCCGGGAAGUGUAUUGGCCGAUAGUCAAUGUAUUAAGAUUGUCGGAGAUAUAGACGCAACACUCACUUCUUAUUUUGUCAUUCGAUUGUUGGCUGAAAUGUUUCCAACAGCCGCUGUAACACUUUUGAAUGCUGCAAUCAUUAUUGCGACUAGAGAAACUUCGACAGGCAGAGGCGAUGUUGGUCGUCAGCUCGCAUUCGGAAGUCUGGGAUGGGCAACUUUCCCCUUUAUUCUUGGAAUGUGUGGCAUUCAAGGAGAACUGCUUUGGCCCGUCGUAAUAUUCGCGGUAUCGAUGAUUCUAGCGGCUAUGAUUCUGAUUGUAGCACAAAGUAUGCCAGUGUCGCCUCCUGAGUGGUGGUGGCACACGAAAAGCGGAAUGUUGGCUAUUCCAAUGUCGGCUAUUCGUAAAUAUGGUCCAGAAAUCGCAGCCAUAACAGUUGUAGCCGUGGUGUUAGGUGUUUUUUGGAGUAUCAUUGAUAGUUACCAGAUGUGGAAGCUUACAGACUUACAUGUCAAAGAUUACGAAAAUGGCCACUACGCCUUAAAAUUCUCAUUCGCAGUUCUAGCUUUGCCAUCAAUUCUUCUACUCUGGAAUUCCGAACGACUCGUCGAUUACUGCGGACAUUCAAAUAUUCUAAUGGUUGCCUUCACGCUGUACGUUAUCCGCUACUACGGCCUGGCAUUGGUCGAAGAACCAUUAUGCACUCUAUUCUUCAAUGCUCUGGAACCGAUAACUCUGAGCAUCUCCUGGGUAACACUCAUGCUAUACAUGCGUCACUUGAUGCCACGCCGUCUCACAGCAACGGGUCAAGCAAUUCCAGUGAUUGCAUUCUUUGGCGUUGGUAAAAGUCUUGGCGCGAUCAUCGGUUAUGUUGAUACGAACAAUGUGGCUGGUUCAUUCCAAUCGUUGUACGUUUCGUGUAGUAUUGCUGCCGCUGUUGUAGCUGCUCUGUAUUUCUUGUUGUACCAUUUCUGUUUGGCUCCUCGAUGUGCAGCACAACCGCAACCACCGCCAACACCAUCAGAAUUACAGGGUCAUGUAAAUGGAGGACACAAUGGCAAUAGCAACGGUAACUAUUCGCCGUUGCGAGUCUAUCACAAUGGAAUGUCGCGAAAAGGUCAAUUCAGAUAUUAAAUAUUUUACUGCACUUUACAAAUUCAACGCAAGUGUUCAAAGCAUAAAGAAUUUUCUUUAGUCAUCAGUCAUCAAACUUUAUUACCUUUUAAAAGAAGAAGAAAAUUUUUUUAGGAGAAACUAAUUUUCUUAAAAAAAACGAGAGAGAAUCGUCACAACUAAAAUUUACGCUGUGUUCGUAACUAUUAACCGAUUAAGUUGAUUUAUUAUUUUUUGUUGAAAAAGUUUCGUCGAUUUUUUUAUGAGUGCGCUUUAUUAAGUUAACAAAAAUUGAUUUUUUUUUACUCAACGUUUUUUUUUUUCAAUUUUAAAAUUAAGUGUAAACGAGAACGUUAAAAACGUUAGAAAACUUGUCAUUGGAUGAUUCCUCUGCGAUUUAUUUGCUCUUUUUUAUUUUUUAUUUUUUUGUCGUUUUUGUUUAGGGACAUUUUGAUAUUAGAUUUAUUAAUGUGCAAACAUAUGCUUAUAAUGGUAGCUACUAUAUACUGUGAAUGUUUAA